UGGUGUGCCUAAAUCAUAAAGGAAUUAGCUUUUGGCUUCUGAGUAUCAGCCCGGGCACUGCACUGCAUGAUCCUGUUGAACAGAAGACCACCUGAUAACCAGAUGCCAUGCAGUAUACACUCAACUCUAAUCUCCAAAGGCCACCGAAUGUUGAAUAGCCAGCUGGAUCAGUUUCUUCUGUGUGGCAUAUGUGGAAUAUUGUGCGCCAAAAAAAAAUCUGGACUUGUCAUGAUCCUCUUUUCUGCCUGCUGCAUCUGUGGACUCAUUGGGGGCAUCUUGAAUUUUCAGUUCCUUCGGGCGGUGACAAAGAAGACCUCUUCCCUCUAUCCCCUGCAUCUCGCGUCCAUGUCUCUUGCGUGCAUUGGGAUCGGGGGCUGCACCCUCUCUUCCUGGCUCACUUGUCGACUAGCCAGCUAUGAACAGAGGAGGAUGUUCUCAGAGAGGGAGCAUUCUCUGCAUCACUCUCAUGAAAUGGCUGAGAAAGAAAUGACAGACAACAUGAGCAAUGGAGGACCACAGCUGAUAUUCAAUGGAAGAGUAUAAUCAAUAUUUUAAAGAACUGAACAUUUUUAAAGAUUUUCAUGAGG